AUGGCACCCACAACCGUCCCAGAAGAUAGGCUAACUUCGGGGUACUGCCUGUCGCAAUCAGAAUCUGGAGAAGAAGUCGUCAUCACGGGCAUAUCUGGAAACUUUCCUGAUUCGGACUCUAUUAUUCACUUGCAAGAAAAUUUGUUUAAAAAGGUGGACCUUGUAUCAGACGACAGUCGUCGUUGGAAACUGGCUCACCCUGAGAUCCCACAGCGUACCGGCAAAAUCAACUAUAUUAAGAAAUUUGACGCAUCCUUUUUUGGAGUGCACUACAAGGAGUCGCACACCAUAGACCCUAUGUGUAGAAUCAUUAUGGAGAAAACAUAUGAAGCUGUCAUCGACGCUGGUUUGAAUCCAAAGGAACUGCGGAACACUAAGACUGGUGUGUUCAUUGGUUCUAGCUUCACCGAGUCUGAGAAUACAUGGUGGUAUGAAAAAAUGCAGGUCAAUGAGUUCGGCUAUUCAGGCUGCUCCCGAGCCAUGUUUGCUAACCGUAUAUCCAAAUGGCUUGGAGUCAACGGUCCGUCCUACACUAUAGACUCAGGUUGCUCAAGUUCCCUUUAUGCCAUGGAACAUGCGUUCAAAGCUAUACGUGAUGGCUAUUGUGAUACAGCUAUUGUUGGAGGAUCGAAUUUAUGCCUCCAUCCCUACGUCUCUAUGCAUUUAUUUAGACUGGGCGCAAUAUCACCUGAUGGAAUAUGUAAGAGUUUCGACAACAGUGCAAAUGGUUAUGCUCGAUCCGAAGCCAUUGUCGUUUGUUUAUUGCAGAAGGCUAAAGAUUCAAGAAGAGUCUAUGCUCAAAUUGUUCACGCUAAGACUAAUUGUGAUGGGUAUAAGGAACAUGGUAUCUCCUACCCUUCUGGUGACAUGCAGAAGGUAUUGGUCAGGGAAUUUUAUGAAGAGUGUUCUAUUCCACCCAGCUCUCUCGAAUAUUUAGAAGCACAUGGAACGGGUACGAAGGUAGGAGACCCCGUAGAGCUUAACGUUAUUGGUGACAUUUUCUGUACUGGAAGAUCUGAGCCUCUUAUGAUAGGAUCUGUUAAGUCUAAUAUGGGACACAGUGAACCAACUUCAGGUCUUUGUUCUAUUGCAAAGCUCUGCAUCGCGUAUACAACAGGGUAUAUUCCUCCAAAUAUUAAUUAUAAGAAUCCAAAAGAAGGGGUACCAGCCCUCAAGGAGGGGAAACUCAAGGUGGUAACGGAAAAGCAACCGUGGGGUAGUGGGUUGGCCGGUAUUAACAGCUUCGGCUUUGGAGGUGCCAACGCCCACGUUUUACUUAAGAAUAUCGCGAGAUCGAAGGUUAACGGUGGACUACCAUCAGAUGAUUUACCUCGAUUGGUCUGCGUAUCGGGUCGCACUGAAUCCGCUGUGGCUAAGAUUCUAGAUGACCUUGAGUCGAAAACUGUUGACGUUGAACUUGUUGGACUUUUACACGCGAUACAUGAUGAGAAUAUCAGUGGCCAUGGUGUUAGAGGAUACACUUUAUUGGGGUCGACACCAACUAAGAGCGUAUCACUAGCUCGGAGCAUCCAAUACUUAUCCGGUGCCCAUCUACCAGUGUGCUUUUUAUACUCGGGUAUGGAUUCUCAGUGGGCAGGAAUAGCUUCACAGCUCAUGAAGGUCCCAGUAUUUGCAACAGCUAUUUCCAAGUGCCACAAGGCUCUGGAGCCUAAAGGCAUAAACUUGACGAAGCUCAUAAUGAAUCCAGUUAAGACAAACGACAACAUCAUAAACUCCUUCAUUGGUAUCGCCGCUGUACAAAUUGGUCUUACGGAUGUCCUUAAAGCUGUGGGGAUUGAACCAGACUUCAUCGUUGGACACAGUGUUGGUGAAUUAGGUUGCGCUUACGCAGAUGGCUGUUUAACAGUGGAACAGAUGAUUCUCUCUGCAUAUUAUAUAGGUUUGGCUUCCAUCGAAACUCCAAACAUUAAAGGAUCUAUGGCUGUUGUGGGUCUUGGAUAUAAUGAUAUAAAUACAUUACUUCCACCUGAACUUGAAGUGGCAUGCCAAAAUGGACCUGAUUCCAGUAUCAUUACUGGCCCAGCGAAUACGAUGAGGACUUUUGUCGCCAAAUUAUUAGCGCAAGGAAUCUAUGUCGAAGAUGUAACUUGCUAUAAUAUCGCCUACCAUUCGCGAUACAUCGCUAAAGCUGGACCAAUACUUCUUAAAUAUUUGAAGGAAGUAAUUCCAGCUCCGAAACAGCGUUCAGAACGCUGGUUUUCCACUUCUAUUCAGCAGGCAUCGUGGAAAGAUCCCAAGGCUGAGUUGUCUUCCGCUGAAUACCAUACCAACAAUUUACUGAGUCCAGUAUUCUUCGAGGCGGCAACUCAUUUAAUCCCUGCAAAUGCGAUCACAAUAGAAAUAGCCCCAAAUGGCCUCCUGCAGGCAAUUUUACGUCGAUCUCUUAAGAAGGAUGUCAUCAACGUUACUUGUUAUGAGAGUAAACAGGACAACGUAGAGGUUCUCUUCACGGCUCUGGGCGAGUUGUACAAAGCUGGAUUGAACCCGCACCUAGCUAACAUUUACCCGACUGUAAAUUUUCCCGUUUCGCAAGGAACUCCCAUGCUUUCACACCUCGUAGAAUGGGAACACAGUGAGGACUGGUACGUGACGUCAUAUGAUAACCAAAACAAGAUGAAGUCUGGUGAGAGAACAGUGAAAGUGUCCAUUACUCAUGAAGUCUACGAUUAUAUGGUCGGUCACGUCAUUGAUGGUCGUAACUUGUACCCAGCUACUGGUUACAUACUGAUGGUGUGGGAGAGUCUUGCUGGGAUGAUGGGACAGCUAUUUACGGAAGUGUCCGUGGUUUUCGAAAACAUUCGAUUCCUAAGAGCUACUAAUAUCCCUAAAAGAGGAAAAUUGGAGUUCAUUGUUAUGAUCCAAAGAGGAACUGGACAGUUUGAGGUCGUUGAAAGCGGUGCAUCCGUUGUAACCGGACGUAUAUACGCUAAGAAGAACAUUGGACAAGAUUACUGUGCGCUUCCUUCCGAAUCCACGGCAUGUAAUGAAAAACUUCUACUCACAAAAGACUUCUACAAGGAGCUACGUCUAAGAGGCUAUCAAUACAGCGGCCUUUUCCGAGGAGUCCUUGGAUGUAAUGUGGAGGGUACCCAUGGCCGUUUGGCUUGGGACGAAAACUGGGUCACCUUCAUGGACUGCCUGCUACAGAUGAAAAUCAUCAGCGAAGAUACCCGAGGACUAUUCGUGCCCACGAUGAUUGAAAGGCUCAGCAUAGAUGGACAUAUGCAUUAUGACGCUUUAUCCAAAAUGAACAAAAAUCAAGCAAACCCGUCGUUUGAGCUUAGAGUGUAUCCUUAUGUUGAUAUUAUUAGGGCUGGUGGUGUGGAAAUUCGAGGUUUACACACGACACCAAUUUCAAGAAGAAUUCCUCUUGGCGUACCAGUUUUGGAAAAGAACGUAUUUAUUCCCAACAUAGGAAAGUCUAAAAUGAAGAUUGAAGACAUUCUUAGAAGCAACGUCCAGCUUGUACUUGAAAACAUACAAACUUAUAAAGUUAAAAGUAUUGAAAUUGUUGAUGAUGAGUACAAAACUAACGGAUUCGAACCUAUACUGGAUAAAGUCGCAGACGUCUUAAAUGACCUGCCUUUGGUGCAACAUGAAUUGUCUGUUAUCUCCGAGAAUGCUAUUGAAAUGCCUUCAAAUAUUCCUGUGGAAAAUAAAAUGUUGAUUGGAGAAAACAAUAUCCUCAUACUAAUCGGUGCUAAUCUACUUCAGAGACCUGAAGUACUUAAAAAUGCGUCAGCCGCUCUUCGACCCAAAGGGUUUAUCAUGAGCCGAGAGAAAGAAGCCAUUAAUCCAAAAGAUUUUUCUGAUAAAUACGAUAUUAUUACCAUACACAAUACUGGUUUUGAAUACAUAGUUCUCUUCCGAAAACGAUUUGGUGCAAAGCCGGCUAAAUUCAUUAAAAUAGUCUCGACUGAUCAAACUUUUGCUUGGAUAGAUAAAAUUAAGGAGGAACUAGAAACAGGACAAAAAAUAGUUAUAUAUAGUCAAGAUGAGGACGUAAAUGGACUAUUAGGUUUCAUUAACUGCCUGAGGAAGGAACCUGGUGGAGAAGUUGUCUGCGGUUUAUUAAUUGCCGAUCCAUCGGCACCACCAUUCAAUCCAGAUUUAGAAUUUUAUGAAGACCAAUUGGAUAUGGAUUUGGCUAUUAAUGUUUAUCAGGAAGGCCAAUGGGGAACGUACCGGCACUUACUUUUGGGUGACUUGGAUACAAUCCAGUCGCAUAAUGCCUUCGUGAACAUCGUCACUAUUGGAGAUCUGACUUCACUAAGGUGGCUCGAAGGACCCAUCAAAGAGAAUCCAGUUUUCAAGAACCCGGAUAAUGUUCUUAUACAUGUAUAUUGUGCGGCUUUAAACUUCCGCGAUGUAAUGACGGCUAUGGGACGCGUGUCGAUCGACGCCGUCGCUAAAGGCAGACUUGCACAAGAGUGCGUUCAAGGGCUCGAGAUUGUUGGCAGAACAAGCAAUGGUACCAGAGUUAUGGGCAUGGUGAAUGGUAUGUCUAAUAUGUUGGUAGUAGAUAAAUCAAUCUUAUGCGGCUUCCCUGACGAGUGGACUUUCGAGGAGGCUGCAAGUGUGCCUGUGGCAUACGGAACAGUAUAUUAUGCCUUGAUAAUGGUAGGCCAGAUGCAAAGAGGAGAAUCAAUCUUAAUCCAUGCCGGCUCUGGUGGUGUUGGUCAAGCAGCUAUCAACGUCGCUCUUCGUUACGGAUGCGAAGUGUUCACUACAGUUGGUACACCAGAGAAAAAAGCCUUCAUCAAGAGGCUUUUCCCGCAACUUAAAGACAGUCAUAUCGGUAAUUCUCGUGACACGUCCUUCGAAGACAUGAUCAGGAAAGAAACAAACGGAAAGGGAGUGGAUAUGGUCCUCAACUCACUUGCCGAUGAAAAAUUACAGGCUUCUGUUCGCUGCCUCGGCUAUCGAGGCCGCUUCCUAGAAAUCGGAAAGUUUGACAUCUUCAAUAACACGCUUAUUGGAAUGUACUUUUUCCUGAAAGAGAUCUCCUUCCACGGAAUCAUGUUGGAUUCCAUUUUCGCCCAAUCCUACGAAUUUAGAAAGACCCUUCAACGUCUACUGUUAUCUGGUAUCGAGAGCGGAGCUGUUCGUCCGCUAACACACUGCACUUUCGAGAAGAAUCAACUCGAGACCGCAUUCAGAUACAUGGCCUCUGGAAAACAUAUUGGAAAGGUUAUUAUUAAAAUUCGUGAUGAGGAACGAAGCGUUCAUUUUACAAAACCAAAGAGUAUAUACAUGGAAGCUGUUCCUAGAUACAUGUGUGAUGAAGAAUUAGUAUACAUUGUGGUGGGUGGUCUCGGAGGUUUCGGUUUGGAACUAGCAGACUGGCUCAUCAUAAGGGGAGCCAGAAAAGUACUACUCAUCUCAAGGCGAGGUGUAAGUAAUGGUUACCAAUUAUCACGGUUAAGAGCCUGGAAGGGUUAUGGAGCUGAUGUCCAAAUUUCAACUCACGAUAUCACAACAGAGGAAGGAUGUGAACAAAUGUUGAAGAUGGCGAACGCUAUGGGAGAUGUUGAGGCGAUAUUCAACUUGGCAGUUAUAUUAAAAGAUUCCCUCUUUGAGAAUCAGACUCCUGAAUCAUUUAAGAUAUCUUUUGCACCCAAAGCACAGGCUACGAUGAAUUUGGAUAAGUUAUCCCAGGAAUUUUGUCCAAAAUUAAAGGACUUCGUGAUAUUCUCAUCGGUCUCUUGCGGUCGCGGUAAUGCUGGUCAGACCAAUUACGGCUUCUCCAACUCCGUGAUGGAGAGGGUCUGUGAAAGGAGAAAGAAACUCGGCCUUCCUGCACUCGCCGUGCAAUGGGGUGCCAUCGGUGACGUUGGUCUUGUAGCAGACAUGCAAGAUGAAGACGUCCAAUUGGAAAUCGGCGGAACUCUCCAACAAAGAAUUUCUUCCUGUCUGCUCUCUCUCGAUAAGUUCUUGAAACAGGAUGCCGUGAUAGUGUCUUCAAUAGUAGUAGCCGAAAAGAAGGCUGGUGGUUCUGGGUGUGGAAGCAUUGUGGAUGCUGUUGCCCAGAUUUUGGGUGUUACGGAUCUAAAGAGAGUGUCUCAUCAAGUGUCGCUUGCGGAACUGGGUAUGGACAGUAUGAUGGCUAUCGAAAUCAAACAGACCUUAGAGCGGGAAUAUGAAAUUUUCCUGACAGCAGCAGAUAUCAGAACCUUGACAUUUUCAAGAUUACUAGAACUAACAGCUCAAAAAGAAGCAGCAGCAUCGACAUCGGUGUCAGUACAUCAAUCCAGUAAUGAAGAUGCGGUUGGUCUCAGAAUUCUCAUGAGGAACUUUGGUGAUGAAACUGAAGCCUUUAAACCUUUCAUAUACAUGCCAUCUUUAGUUAGCGAUGGCUCUCCGACCGAUACAUCAGUUUAUAAAAAGGCGUCGAUAUUGUUCAUGCUGCCCGGUCUAGAAGGUUGCGCUGCGGUAAUGGCGCCCUUAUGCCGUAGGCUUAAGAUUAAGAUCUGCGUCCUGCAGUGCGCGAAUAAUGAAAAAAAGCAGGAUACUUUAGACUCUUUUGUCAAUAGGUUACACAAGGUAGUAAAAUUAAAACUAACUCCUGGAAGUCCGUACAUACUUCUUGGAUACAGUUUUGGUACCCUACCCAUGUUGAAAUUGGCGAGCGUAUUGGAAAACGAAGGUCACAACGGUACGAUAUUCUGCAUAGACGGCAGUCCUGAUUACCUUUACGGCAUACUCACAAAGACAAUGUCCGUCAAAAGUGACACCCAGUUACAAAACAGCCUGAUUUGUAAAACAAUCGAUAUAAUCGCUCCGAAAAACGAAAUCAGUGGGACACUCAUGGAGAAACUUAAAGAAAUCGAAUCGUACGAUGAAAGAAUUAAUUAUGCGUUGAAGGUAUCUUCAGCACAGCUUAAAUACACAGAUAAAUUUAUAAAAUUUAUUGCGACUGCUAGUUUCGACCGUCUCAAAAUGAUCCUUAAUCAAAGUGAAUUGAAGACGAUCAAAGCUCCAAUAGUUCUAUUGCGUCCGAAAGAUAACCCAAAAUUCUUUAUGAUAGAUGAAAAUUAUGGUCUGGACAAACUCACAAGAGGUUCGGUGACGGUUCAUUUCGUCGAAGGUAAUCAUAUCACUAUAAUAGAGAACAAGGAUUGUGCAAAUAUUAUCAAUAGAGUUUUAGCUGAACUAGAUGGAAGAAAGAUGGGCAAGAACAUUGUAAAUAUGGUCAAAACACAACAGUUAAUAGAAGCUUAA